AUGGAUGUUUCCGAAGAUCUAGCAAGGGAUUACCAUCCAAGACUUUACCCUGAAUGGGCUUCUAUUUUUGAAAAUAAACUCAUUAAUACGAAUAGCCGUUUUGGGGAAAUCCCUAAACUUAUAGACGGAAUUGGAAAAGAGGUGUGGGAUAAUCUGAAGAGGUAUCCUGUUGGAUUGAUUGCUAGACUGGUUGAGAGCAAAUUGGUGUGGUCUGAUCCACUGCCAGAAAAAAGUUUUGAACCUGAUCCAGAGAAUUACAAAGCGUUGUGGGAGUUGUUGAAUGUGCCGCUUGGGUACGGACCCGCGUUUGAUGAACUUGUAGACGCUUUAACGUUAUGUCGAACCUGGAGUGCUGAUCAGCGGAAAUGGUUUGGGCUGUUGUUUCUUCAAGCCGUGGGACUUUAUGGCUUGCAUCAUAAUAGUAGAAUACCCUUUGAAAGUGCAAAAAGAGUAUUCGAUGAUGACGCCAUGAUGACUUAUCCUUGGGGAGGGUCGUACACCCUUAGCGGCUUCAAGGACGUGUUAUUGGUUUGGGUGUACGAAUCUGUCACAGUGUUCGGAGAGAUUUUUGGCAAAGUAGUGAGACCAGGCGAAAUUCCGCUUUUGCGAUGGGGUGGAAGUCGUACUCGUGCAAGUAUUGCUACUACAAUAGCUAAGGAGAUUAAUAAUCAGACCUAUGAAUCCUGUAAUGUGCUUGUGAGGAAAAUGGUGAUGAAGGAGCGUCUAGAAGAGCUGUUUCCUCAAUGGAAGGAUGAAGCAGAUGACCCACAACUUGAUAACCUAAUUAAAGAUAUACAUGCAGAUAGGUUUGUUAGAGAUUUUUAUGUGCAAUCGAAUGAGAACAACAAAAAAACGAAGGCUGUAGUUUCGUCAAAGGCUGAGUCACCCUCAAAGAAGCAGAAGAAAGAUAAGAAAAACAAGGAGGUGAAAAUCAAUGAGGUUGAAACUGCUGCUGUAGAGGUGAAGGAGAGUGCAAAGGAGAAGGGUCGUAGCGAAGAUGUUCUGAUGAAAAUAGUUGCUCAUCUCGCGAAUUUGGACCGAAAAUUUGACUCGAGAUUAACAGAAUACGACACCAAGUUUGGAGAUUUUUCCCGAGGCCUUUUGGAUACCAUUGGAGAUACAGUGAAAGCUACAGUUGAAGAGCGUCUGAGAGUUUUGGGGGUUGUAGAAAGUGCCAAAAACGUGAGGGUCUCAGAAGACAGCGGUAGUCAAACUGAACCGGAGUUUAUUGGUAGUCAACCUGCACUCCCUGUGACGGUCAACCAACCGCAAAAGACCCCUGAUAAAGGCCAAUCCGUCAAGAAUCUGGCAGAUGAUAUUGCUAAAGCUGAUGCGAAAGGUAUGGGAGCAAAGCUGAAUUCGAAGGUUAUCUGGGAUAAGGCUGAUGGGGUGAAAAAUAACUUGGAUUCGGCGUUUGGUAAUGCCGAUGCAACAAAUGCUGAUUUGGUCUCUGAUUCUCCUGGUAAGGAACCACCACUCGGACGCGGUGGCAGGGGCAAAGGGAAGAAGAAGAAGCAAGAAGAGUCUGAGUUAAGGAAGAAAAAAGCGGCUGAGUUAAAGAAGAAAAAGCAGCAAGAAGAGGCUGAGUUAAAUAAGGAAAAGCAGCAAGAAGAGGCUGACUUAAAAAAGGCUAUUCCUACUUCAAAAAGCAGUCGCAGUGGUACAAUAAGAAUACCCAUUCCGACUAAGAAAAGUGAGGCGAAAACAGACGAACUGUUGCCGGAAUCUGAUGUGGAGGAAGAUGAAAGGAAAAGGUGUGGGAGAAUAAAGGAGUAUCGGCUGAAAGCUGUUCAAUUAUCUCCACAAGGGUCUCAAAGGAGUGAGGAUUUUGGUCCUUCUGUACCAUUUCCCCACAUCGGAGACAAUGUAACGACGUGCAUGAGAAAGGGUUUUGAACCUUCACCUGCAAUAUAUGAUCCCCUAGGACCUGUUGAUCCGGCUAAAAGGGAUAAUCUUUUGGAACACCUAAAGCCACACGAGUAA